CCGGCAAGAUGGCGGCGGCUGGGGAGCGCCGCAGCGGCCGGUAACCAGGCAGCGGGAUGCAGAAGAUCAAGUCUCUGAUGGGCCGUCAGGGCCUGAAAAGCCCCCAGGAAAGUGUGCCAGAGAUUAAAUCUCCACUUGAGAAUUUUCGGAUUCCCAGCAAGGAGGAAUUGAGAGAAUUGAGAGAACAUCCCAGUGAUCCUCAAGCAGAGCAAGAAAUAAUUAAUAGCAUUGAAGAAAUUUACUUCAGCAAUGAUUCCUUUGAUGUUGUCCAGUAUGAGCUGGAGAAGCUCCCCCUUACACUCAAUCUCCAAGACCUAGAGGAGCACAGAGACAAACUGAAACAGCAGCAAGCUGCUGUAUCAAAGAAAGUAGCAGAUUUAAUACUUGAAAAACAAGCUGCAUAUGUGAAGGAGCUUGAAAGAGUCACAUCAUUGCAGACAAAUCUUCAAUUGGCAGCUGUCAUAUGUACCAAUGCCAGAAGACAGCUCAGUAUUGCCAAGGAAGGUUUCACACAAGCUAGCCUUGGACUGCUUGCUAACCAAAGAAGGAGACAGCUCCUGAUUGGACUAUUGAAAUCUUUGCGCACAAUUAAAACCCUGCAAAGGACCGAUGUGCGAUUAAGUGAAAUGUUGGAGGAAGAAGAUUAUCCUGGAGCAAUACAACUCUGCUUGGAAUGCCAGAAAGCAGCGAGCACCUUCAAACACUAUAGCUGCAUAAGUGAACUGAAUUCAAAAUUGCAAGAUACUUUAGAACAAAUUGAGGAACAACUAGAUGUGGCACUGUCAAAAACCUGCAAACACUUUGAAGUUGGUCAUUACACCAAGGUCCAGCUAGCUUAUCGAUUGCUGGGAAAAACCCAAACAGCAAUGGACCAGUUGCACAUGCACUUCACUCAAGCCAUUCAUAACACAGUGUUUCAGGUUGUUCUUGGAUACGUGGAACUGUGUGCAGGAAACUCUGACACCAAGUUUCAGAAACUCCAGUACAAGGAUCUCUGCACACAUAUUACUCCAGACAGCUACAUACCAUGCCUCUCUGAUCUUUGCAAGGCCCUGUGGGAAGUAAUGCAAAGCUAUUAUCGAACCAUGGAGUGGCACGAUGAGCAUGACAACGAGGAGUCAGCCCCGGCCUCUGAUGGCCGCAAUGAGAUUGCCACAGAUGAUUCAAACUUUAAUCGAAGCUACGUGAAAAAGAAAUUAGAUCAUGGCCUUUCACGCAUCUGGCAGGAUGUCCAGUUAAAAGCAAAAACGUAUUUGCUUGGAACAGAUUUAUCAAACUUCAAAUAUGAUGAUUUUAUUUUUGUACUGGACAUUAUCAGCAGACUGAUGCAAGUUGGUGAAGAGUUUUGCGGCAGUAAAUCAGAGGUGUUACAGGAAUCUAUCCGGAAACAAAGUGUGAAUUAUUUCAAAAACUAUCACAGAACACGUCUUGAAGAACUGCGAAUGUUUUUGGAAAAUGAAACCUGGGAACUUUGCCCUGUCAAGUCCAACUUCAGUAUUUUGCAGUUACAUGAAUUUAAAUUUAUGCGGCAGUCGCGAUCCCCUUCAGUCUCACCCAGCAAGCAACAUACUACAACAUCAGCAACAGCAGAGUCCCUGUUUGCUCAGUGCCGUAAUGGAGGAAAUCCAUUUGAAAUGCAGACUGACAUCAAAGAUGAUGAAACAGAAGAUGUUCUUGCCUCUAAUGGGUAUGAGUCUGAUGAGUUGGAAAAGAGUGCUUACCAAGAGUAUGACAGUGACAGUGAUGUCCCAGAAGAACUUAAAAGAGACUAUGUUGAUGAACAAACUGGUGACAUUCCUGUGAAAAGUGUGUCCAAAGAAACCCUGAGAAGAGGAAAGAAGUCUGACUACAGCCUGUUCAAGGGAAAUACACUGAUCUUAACAAACACUACCUUGAAUGUAAUAAGACUUGUUGGGAAAUACAUGCAGAUGAUGAAUAUCCUGAAACCAAUUGCUUUUGAUGUUAUCCACUGCAUGUCACAACUGUUUGAUUACUACCUGUACGCAGUGUACACAUUCUUUGGGCGAGAGGACAUGUAUGAAUCCACAGGGUUGGGGCUAAUCAGCAGCAGACUGCGAACCACACUGAACAGAAUACAAGAAAGUCUCAUCGAUCUGGAAGCACCACCUGAAAACACAGGGCCGUUGACUUCUGUAGAAGAGAGAAAAGAAAAGGUUCCAAGUCCACACCUGAGCCAUCUGGUGGUUCUGAACUCCACUGAAAUGUUGUAUGGUCUGGCGGAGCGGGUCGUGGCUACUGAAUCCUUAGUAUUUUUAGCUGAACAAUUUGAAUGUCUACAGCCCCAUCUCGAUGCCAUGAUGCCUUCAGCCAAGAAGCCAUUUUUGCAGCAGUUUUAUUCACAGACUGUAUCAACUGCAAGUGAGCUACGUAAGCCAAUUUAUUGGAUCGUGGCUGCCAAAGCCAUUGAUUAUGAACAGAUGCUACAUCUUAUGGCAAAUGUUAAAUGGGACGUGAAAGAAAUUAUGUCACAGCACAAUGUAUACGUCGAUUCUCUCCUCAAGGAGUUUGAGCAAUUCAAUAAGAGGUUAUUCGAGGUUUCCAAACGAGUGCGCAUUCCACUGCAAGUCUCUAACAUCCUAUGGGAGCAUUGCAUUCGACUGGCAAACAGGACCAUUGUAGAGGGUUAUGCAAAUGUGAAGAAAUGUAGCAAUGAGGGACGUGCCUUAAUGCAGCUUGACUUCCAGCAGUUCCUGAUGAAAUUGGAGAAGCUGACCGACAUAAGGCCAAUUCCUGAUAAGGAGUUUGUAGAAACCUACAUUAAAGCCUAUUAUCUGACUGAAAAUGAUAUGGAGCGUUGGAUUAAGGAACACAGGGAGUAUUCAACCAAGCAGCUGACCAACCUUGUGAAUGUUUGCUUAGGCUCCCAUAUCAAUAAAAAAGCACGGCAAAAGCUGAUAGCAGCCAUUGAGGAAUGUGACCGACCUAAACGGUAGUCUUUAGCAAUGCUCUUGAGUUCAGAUCACACUAGAUGAUAUGAUGACUAUUUCACCAUCCAAAUUAAUACAGGAUGGAUCUGUAAUGCGUUACAAGCAUUUUGAUGCAUGUUACUUGUUUUUUCCAUCAGAAGCUGAUGUUAAGGAAUUUUAAAAAAAUGACUAGCAAAUGCUAUUUUAGGAAAUGAGAUGUGUUACUGUUUAGCUUUUGUCUUGUUUAGGCCAGACCUUUUGUGUAAGAUUGUGUUUGGGGCUGUAUAAAAGUAACCAUGUUAAAAUGACAUGAUGAUUAUACAGGGUUUUUUUUGUAUAGUUUCUGUUUUGACAUUUGUGGGUUGUAAGGAUUUCAUAUUAAUUCUGAAGGAAAUUGUAUAUUGGAUAGACUGAAACAAGUAUCUUCUCUAGAUAAGUAAUGUAAGUAUAAAACAGUAAAUACUAAUGAUUGGAGAAUAUAUACACUUCAUAAUGAAUUACUGUAAGUGAAGAUAUAUAAAAUCUGUACAUUCUGUUUCAGUUUGUUCUUCUAAAAUUUCAAUAUUUGUUCCUCAUUGAACUGGAAGAUAUCAUGAAUUGGUGACUGCAUAAUAAACGAGUCAAAUUCAGAGCA